UGCUCGCACUCCAUUCACGUACGGUUCUCCAAGGUCAACAACAAGAGUGAGUAGUGAGAGUAGAUAGAGGCCGCCAUCGAUCGCCAUGGAAUAUAGGCAGCUGGUGAGGACGGUGAAGCAGGCGACGAGGAACCACGCCGGCCUGAUGUACCACCGUUUGGUAAGCCACAUCCCCCACAUGCUGGUGGUCACGGUGCUCGUCGUGGUGGCGCCGCAGCUGUCGACGCUGACGCCGGAGAAGGCGCGCGCCCUUUGGAACACAGCAGUGAACGCGCCGGCGCUGGCCAUGGCGUGCUGGGCGGCGGCACUGGCGGCGUACACGUACGCGUCGUCGCGGCCGCAGCCUGUGUACCUGGUGGACCUGGCCGGGUACAAGCCGCCGGUGGAGCUGGAGGCCUCCCGCGCCAAGACCAUCGUGCACUUCUCGCGGUGCGGGCGGUUCAGCGAGCAGAGCAUGGCGUUCCAGAAGCGGAUGCUGGAGCGGUCGGGGCUGGGCGAGGCGACGCACUUCCCGAUGUCGCUGAUCCGGCUCCCCGUGGACAUGUGCGACCGGACGGCCAUGGAGGAGUCCCACGCCGUCAUCUUCGGCGUGGUCGACGAGGUCCUCCGCAAGACCGGCGUGGACGCCGGCGACGUGGGCGUGCUCAUCUUCAACUCGAGCCUGCUCAGCCCGACGCCGUCCUUCACGUCGCUCAUCGUGAACCGGUACAGGUUCCGCGACGACGUGGUGACGCACAACCUCAGCGGCAUGGGCUGCAGCGCCGGCAUCAUCGCCAUCGACCUCGCCAAGCGCCUGCUCCAGGUACAUCGGAACACGUACGCGCUGGUGGUGAGCACGGAGAACAUCACCCUCAACGCCUACAUGGGCAACAACCGCCCCAUGCUGGUCACCAACACGCUCUUCCGUGUCGGCGGGGCGGCGAUCCUCCUCACAAACCGGGCCGGCGACCGGGCGCGGUCCAAGUACCAGCUGAUCCACACGGUGCGCACCCACCGCGGGGCGCACGACCAGAGCUACGGGUGUGUGACCCAGGAGGAGGACGAGGUCGGCGAGGUCGGGGUGUCCCUCUCCAAGGAGCUCAUGGCGGUCGCUGGCGAGGCCCUCAAGACCAACAUCACCACGCUCGGCCCGCUCAUCCUGCCCAUGUCGGAGCAGCUCCGCUUCCUCGCCACCGUCGUGCUCAAGAAGGUGUUUCGCGCCCAGGUCAAGGCCUACCUGCCGGACUUCAAGCUCGCGCUCGAGCACUUCUGCAUCCACGCCGGCGGCAGGGGCGUCCUCGACGAGCUGGAGAACAGCCUCAAGCUCAGCCCCUGGCACAUGGAGCCUUCUCGGAUGACGCUCUACAGGUUCGGCAACACCUCCAGCAGCUCCCUCUGGUACGAGCUCGCCUACUGCGAGGCCAAGCGCCGGAUCAAGAAGGGAGACCGCGUCUGGCAGAUCGCCUUUGGCUCCGGCUUCAAAUGCAACAGCGCCGUGUGGAGAGCGCUGCGUACCAUUGACGAUGCUGGUGAGAGCCCAUGGACCCAGGACGUCCAUGUACUCCCGGUCGACGUGCCCAAGGUGGUGCCCAUUGACGAGACCUCUUACCAAGUUCCAAUCUAGCUAGCUAGUUGGCUGGCUUUGCUUCCGUGGAGCAUGUAUCACCAAUUUUCAGGCUUAAUUAAUCAGGCGAGAGUUUUUUUAUGUCUUGAUUAUUAAUUUGAUUUUCAUGUAAAUCUCAAUGAACGGGCAACAAAAUUCAAUCGAUUCAUCUUCCAGCAUUAGUGUUGCCAGGGAGAUCAAAUAGUA